AUGGCACUCACUCAAACCAAGUAUAUUAAUGAUCUUCUUCGCCGAGUCAACAUGCUUGAUGCAAGUGCGGUCUCUACACCAAUGGCUGACAAACCACCAUUGACGAAGCUUUCGGGUACUUCUCUUCAUGAUUCUACUGAAUAUCGAAUGGUAAUUGGUAGUCAUCAGUAUCUUCUCUUCACUCUCCCUGACAUUGCAUUUGCGGUCAAUAAGCUCUCUCAGUACAUGCACAACCCUACUACUGAUCACUGGAUUGCUGCUAAAAGAAUACUAUGGUACUUGUGUGGUUCUCGUGACCGUGGGCAGUUCUUCUCUACCGUUAAUACACAUCAGCUUCAUGCCUACUCCGACGCGGACUGGGCUGGUGAUAAGGAUGAUUAA